AUGGUUUAUGGCCGACUCGGCUCGUCUGAGUCCACUCGUUACACACCCCAUCUGCAGCCGAGUCGCAAGCGGCUGUUCCUUUGGGUCGGCCUCCUCGCUGUCCUGUUGCUUGUAGCCGCCGGCGUCUCGGUGGCGCUCUUCGUCCGCGGCCGGACCCGGUCGGUCUCCCCCGCGAGCCGGGCGCCGACCCAGGCCAUCGCCAGGGCCUGCAGCCUGACUCGGUACCCGGCGCUGUGCGUGAGCUCGCUGCUUGACUUCCCGGGCGCGCUGGAGGCCGGGGAGCGCGACCUCGUGCACAUCUCCCUUAACAUGACGCUCCACCGCGUGGGAGCCGCAAUCUACGGCGCCUCCGCCAUCGCCGGCACCGCCAUGGACACGCUCGCUCGCGCCGCCUACGACGACUGCAUGGAGCUGCUUGAUGACUCCCUCGACCAGCUCUCUGACUCGCUCCUCGCUAUCUUCCCCUCUGCGUCGCCGUCCCCGUCCUCGCAGGCGCGCGUCAAGGGCGCCUCCGACGACGACGUGCUCACCUGGCUCAGCGGCGCCCUGACCAACCAGGACACGUGUAAUGAAGGCCUGCAACAGGUCAAGAACCUCUACGUCAAAGGGCACAUGGAGAACCAGCUGAAGGACCUCACCGAGCUUGUCAGCAACUGCCUCGCCAUCUUCGCUGGCGUGGGCCGUAACAAGGACUUCGCCGGCAUUCCCAUCCACAACAAAAAGAGGAAACUACUGAACGCCAUCGAGGACGACGACGAGUUCCCGGCGUGGAUGGGGAAGAAGGACAGGCGGCUGCUUCAGGUAUCAGCGGCGACUAUUCAGGCCGACAUGAUCGUGUCCAAGGGCGGAAACGGCACCUACAGGUCCAUCGCGGACGCCGUGAAGGCGGCGCCAGAUUACAGCAGCCGCCGCAUCGUCAUCUACAUCAAGGCCGGCCGGUACGACGAGAACAUCAAAGUUGGCAGAAAGAAGACGAACCUCAUGUUCAUCGGCGACGGUAAAACCCGGACGAUCGUAGCCGGAUCACGAAGCGUCUACGACAACUUCACCACCUUCCACACCGCCACCUUCGCGGCGACGGGGACGGGGUUUAUUAUGAGGGACAUCACGAUACAGAAUUGGGCGGGGCCGGAGAAGCACCAGGCCGUGGCGCUCCGGGUGGGGGCGGACCGUGCGGCGGUGUACCGCUGCAACAUCAUCGGGUACCAAGACACGCUGUACGUGCACUCGCAGCGCCAGUUCUUCCGUGAGUGCGACGUCUACGGCACCGUCGACUUCAUAUUCGGCAACGCCGCCGUGGUGCUGCAGAAUUGCACCCUGUGGGCGCGCAGGCCGAUGGCCAGCCAGAAGAACACGAUCACGGCGCAGAACCGCAAGGACCCAAACCAGAACACGGGCAUCUCCAUCCACGCGUGCCGGGUGGUGGCGGCGGCGGACCUGGAGCAGGCGAAGGCCAGCUACGCCACCUACCUAGGCCGCCCAUGGAAGCUGUACUCGAGGGUGGUGUACAUGCUGUCCUACAUGGGGGACCACAUCCACCCGGCGGGGUGGCUCGAGUGGAACGCCACCUUCGCCCUGGACACACUGUACUACGGGGAGUACAUGAACUAUGGGCCAGGGGCGGCGCUGGGGAGGAGGGUGACAUGGCCCGGGUACCGAGUGAUCAAGCUGCCGGCGGAGGCGAGCAAGUUCACGGUGGCGCAGUUCAUCUACGGCUCCUCGUGGCUACCCCCAACCGGAGUGGCCUUCUUGGCUGGCUUGUCCAUGUAGAUGGCCACCACCCAGACCAAUCAAUCCUUCUCCUUCGUCUAUCCUACUCCUUGUAGCCUUUAUUCUCUUUGAUGUAUCUGUGACUUCCGAGAACUGUACAUUGUCCAAAAAGUUGCCUGUUCCACCUUCUCCGGCCUGGAAUACAUACGCUUUGCUACA